AUAGAUUUAUAAGGUUACAGGAGCACCGAUCUUAUUUCUUCACAGGAUUGAUAUAAAUACUAUCGCUAGGGCCCGCUUUUUUCCAUCAGACAAAUAAUCUUUUUCUUUCAAACACAGAGAAAAAGAAAAAAGCAAAAAUACAAUGGGGAAGGGAGGCAAGUCGACUAACGGAGAUGCCAAAGAUGGCGAACAAGAAAACAAGGCUGCAUGGCUUCUUGGUGUUAACAACCUCAAGAUCCAGGCUUUCACUCUCCCGAGUCUUGGACCCAAUGAUGUCCGAAUUAAGAUCAAAGCCGUCGGCAUUUGUGGAAGCGACGUCCAUUACCUCAAGACCAUGAAGUGCGGGGAUUUUGAAGUUAAGGAGCCAAUGGUGAUUGGUCAUGAGUGUGCUGGGAUCGUAGACGCAGUCGGGAGCGCCGUGAAGCAUCUGGUUUCUGGCGAUCGCGUGGCAUUAGAGCCCGGCAUCAGCUGCGCAAAGUGUCACCAGUGCAAAGGAGGCCGCUACAAUCUUUGCCCGGACAUGAAGUUUUUCGCCACCCCGCCGGUUCAUGGCUCCUUGGCGAACCAGAUUGUGCAUCCUGCGGACUUGUGCUUUAAGCUUCCGGAGAAUGUUAGCUUGGAGGAAGGGGCAAUGUGUGAGCCCUUGAGUGUUGGGGUUCAUGCCUGUCGGAGAGCCAAUGUCACUCCAGAAACAAAUGUUCUCAUCAUCGGAGCAGGGCCGAUCGGGCUGGUAUCCGUGCUAUCUGCUCGUGCUUUCGGGGCGCCGAGAAUUGUCAUUGUGGACAUGGAUGAUCAGCGUCUAGCUAUGGCAAAGUCUCUUGGUGCCGAUGAAACUGUCAAAGUUUCAACAAAAGCCGAGGAUUUGGAUGACGAAGUUGCCAAGAUUAAAAAAGCCAUGAAAUCCGAAGUGGAUGUGACCUUUGAUUGUGUAGGUUUCAACAAAACCAUGGCGACAGCUCUCGCCGCGACUAGUCCCGGCGGCAAAGUCUGCCUCGUCGGAAUGGGACACAGCAUGAUGACUGUCCCUCUCACUCCUGCUGCUGCCAGGGAGGUGGACGUGGUUGGAAUUUUCCGAUACAAGAACACAUGGCCGCUUUGCAUCGAGUUUCUAAGAAGCGGGAAGAUUGACGUGAAACCGCUUAUUACUCACCGUUUUGGAUUUUCCCAGAAGGAAGUGGAAGAUGCCUUUGAGACCAGUGCUCGUGGAGGCAAUGCCAUCAAAGUCAUGUUUAAUUUGUAAAGACACUGCAAGUUUUGUUAUCUAAUUACCUGUUAUAACUCAAUAAGCAAGUUUAUUGGCCCAAAGGAGGUCAAUAAACAAGUCCAAUCGCAUGGUUUUAUGCAUAAUGUUUUAUACUAUUACUUAUACGGACUUCCCUUUUGUU